GCCGCGCCGGAGGAGAGCUGUGCCCGGGCCGGUGGCUGGAUCGAGGGCUCCUUCUUCUCUCUUUGUUUUCGCGUGGGGGAAGCAGGAGCCGAGGGGAGAUGCUUCCUCCCCACCUCUCCCUGUAGGAGAGAGCGUCCCCUUGGCCCAGCGCUGAGGCCCACAGCUUGCGGCCUUCCUUCCUCCCCGGCCUCUGCAGCUCCGCCAGCCACGCUCGACUGAGGCCGGCAUCCGCCUCCCGGAACCGGGAAAGCUGCGAACCGGAGCCCUGGCCGCCCUCCUCCCUUCCUUUCUCCUCCCCCACCCCCAUCCCGUUCUUUAUCUGUUUUAUUUAUCCUUCGUUAUUUUUAUUUUAUUUAUUUUUAACUUGCAAGCCUUUUUCUUUAGCCACCAGCAACUGCAGCAUUCAACGUUCCUUGGGCUAGACUUUUGUCUUAGGAUCACCUAUGAAGCCUUCCUCCAUCUCCGCCGCUAACUGGGGCCCUGAGCUUCGAGGCCAGGCUCACUUCGGUGUUGGCCCCGGGAGAAUACACCCUUAACUUCUAAAGGCCCAACCCAGUUGAUAAUAAAGACCCUGCACCCAUCCAACCCACACACCAAAUUGCGCGCACUCGGACCAGGCGUCUGUCUGUUCCUCGUCCAGGCACGGGCUGAGGGGAAGUGGGUGGGUGGGUGCGUGGAGGAUGACAACACGGAUCGCUCAGAGCUUAUUUUCCUUUCCACGCAAUUCCUUCCUCCCCAGAUCCCGCCUGCAAGCUGCCUCCAGCCCGCGGGGGUCGCCAUUGGCCCUGGAGCACACCCCCCACCCAGCCCCAAUCCACAGAGCUCGGCUUUCCCAUUCAUUAUUGAUCAUAUUUUAUAAAUCCAAAACGCCACACACAAUUUUUUCCACAUUACUGGGGAGCCGUGGGGGGGGGAGCUGUCCGGCUAUUGGCGGAGGGGCUAUCACGUGGGUCGGGGUCACGUGGUCCGGAGAGGAAAAAGGGGGUCCUUUUUGGUGUAAAUCUGGACUCUAAUUCUGUAAUAUAUCAAGGAAUCUCGUAAAACCGACACUAAAACGUCCCUGCCUACAAAUCAUCCGGCCAAAUUAUGAGUUCAUUGUAUUAUGCGAAUGCUUUAUUUUCUAAAUAUCCAGCCGCAAGUUCGGUUUUCGCUCCAGGAGCCUUCCCCGAACAAACUUCUUGUGCGUUUGCCUCCAACCCCCAGCGCCCGGGCUAUGGAGCGGGUUCGGGCGGCCCGUUCUCGGCGGCGGUGCCGGGCUUGUACCCCGGCGGGGCGGGCGUGGCGGCCCAGGGCACCGCGGGCGUCUACGCGGCCGGCUACGGGCUGGAACCGGGUUCCUUCAACAUGCACUGCGCGCCCUUUGAGCAGAACCUCUCCGGGGUGUGUCCCGGCGACCCCGCCAAGGCGGCGGGCGCCAAGGAGCAGAGGGACUCGGACUUGGCGGCCGAGAGUAACUUCCGGAUCUACCCCUGGAUGCGAAGCUCAGGUAACGCCGCGCACCGAGCCGUCCCGAGCCGUCACGUCCCGGAAGGGACUGAUCGAAAGCGUGGCCGACAGACCUACACACGCUACCAGACCCUGGAGCUGGAGAAGGAAUUUCACUACAAUCGCUACCUGACCCGGCGGCGGCGCAUCGAGAUCGCGCACGCGCUCUGCCUCACGGAAAGACAGAUCAAGAUCUGGUUCCAGAACCGGCGCAUGAAGUGGAAAAAGGAAAACAAGACCUUGGGCCCAGGGUCCACCAGUCAGGACAAAGCGGAAGCGGAGGAGGAGGAAGAAGAGUGAGGAACAGAGAAAGGGCAGAAGAGAGUGGGAGAAAUCCUGCUCUGGGAACUGAACCAGGAAACUCAAAUGGGGUGGGGGGCGCUGUAUUUAAAUAAAGCUGUUUUUUAAAAAAGGAUAGAGGAAGGUAAAAAUUUUGGUUUCUCAACACUGUAAAAAAAAAAUACUACCUAUAGGAAGUCUGCUGAGCUUGUUUUGUACAAUAUGGGAAGGGCAUUAUCUACCUGUUCUGUAGCUUUCUGGAAUUUUCUAUGUUGCUAUUGUAAGGUCUUUGUAAAAUCUUGCUGUUUUGUAAGCUCUCUUUGUGGACUGUGAAUCUGAUCAAACCCUCUGGACUGAUGUGUGGUUCCUUACCCUUACCCCACCCCCCACUUCCCAGUAGCAGCGCUGAAAGCUUUGGGGAGCCCCCAUGACCCACCGAAUAGCUCUUGUAUCUGGUGCACUUGACUGCUGCUCCUUGCUCCUACCAACCCUCGUGUUCCUCCUAAUGUGUACCUGAAGAAUGGGAAAUAAAACAGGAUUAAAAUAAA